AUGGCCAUGGCCAUGGCCUCCGGGCUGCGCUCGCACACGGAGCACUGCCGGCCGGGCGACAUGCUGGUCGUCGUGCACGAGUUCAUUGCCCGCAGCCCCGACGAGCUCAGCCUGAAGCGGGGGGACCGCAUUGAGCUGAUUGAGCGCGACGACGACUUUGGCGAUGGCUGGUUCCUGGGCAGGAACACGGAGAGCGGCGAGAACGGCCUGUUUCCCGAAGUCUACACCCGACCCGCCCCAGUCCCCGCGCCCUCCACACCAAGCCUUCCCCUCCACGCGCGCACGCCCUCGGCCAUCUCCCAGCACACCCCCGUCCAGCUGCCCGCCGCCCCCGGCACCGCCACCUCGGAGCCCCCCAAGACCACCACCACCACCACCACCACCACCACCGCCGCCGCCGCCGCUCAGCCAUUCAGCCCACCAAAGUCCCCGCCCCUUGCCCAGGGCCCAACAGAGCCCCUCAACGUCUUCAACGCGACCUCCGCCGCCGACAUGGCCCGCAGGACCUCGCUCAACGGCCCCCCUCGCAGCAUCAGCAUGACGCUGAACGGCGAGGAGCACCCCGAAGACGUCGCCAUGGGCAGCCCCGUCAUGCACGAGACACUGAGCGUCAUCGACGAGCACAUCACCGACAUGAGCACCCCCCGCCACAGCGCCCUUGUCCAGCGCGACCUCAAGGCCAGCGUCAACAACGACUCCAGCAGCGAGUACAGCAGCCACCACCGCCUCUCCUACAUCAACGGCCAGGAGACGGAAGACGAAGAGCAGAGCUACCACGACGAGGACGAGGUCAAGACCUGGUCGCCCGCCCGCGUCGCCGACUACCUCGAGGAUGUCGGCGUCGAGAAGAAGCACUGCGACGUCUUUAGGGACCAGGACAUUGACGGCGAAGCCCUGCUCGGCGUCGACCGCAACUUCAUCUUCAUGAAGGAAUUCGACCUCGGUCCCAUGGGCCCCCGUCUGCGCACCUGGAUGAAGAUCAACGCCCUCCAGCAGGAGGUCAGGGCCGCCAAAGAGGCUGCCAGAGCCCUGACGCCGCUCGACAGCCUCGACGACUUUGCCCCCGUCCAAGACACCACCACCCCCAGACACCGCGCUUCCUCUCUCGGCGCCGGCAUGCUCCCUCGCAUACCCACCCUCCGAGAGAGCAUGGGCUCACGAGCCAGCUCUGCCCGCCAGAACAUGCCCCGCGCCGUGUCCUCGGCAGCACGCUCGACCAGCUCGACCAUCGAGCCAACGUCCCCCCUCAUCCAGACCAUUCCAGCCUCUCCACCUCUCGCCACCCGGCCUUCGGCUGCCUCCGUGCGCAGCCUCAACCACAACAGACGCCAUUCUUCCAUCGACUACAACGUAAACCCCCCACCACCUGGCAGCAUCAAGCCCUCGUCGACAGCCCCCGUCGCUUCCGCACACAGAAAGGCCCCCUCCUUCGACCGCAACUGGACCAUGGGCUCGCCACAGAAGUCAUCACACGACCUGCAACGACCGGCUUCCUCCAACCACAUCCACGCUCUGGGCUCCAACGGAGCCGCCUUUGACUUGAGAGAAGCAGGCAUGAACCCGGCAGACGACGUCGACAGGGGCUACUUCUCCGGCGGCGAGCUAGACAACCGCAGGAACCGCAACGUACUUCGAAAGAGAGAAGACCCCACCCGCAGCCCCAGUGUCAGCACCUCGUACAGCCGCCGCCACAGCAGGAUCGGCAGUGCUGAUUCGGCUAGGAGGCAGAGUCUUGUUUCUCCUGCUGCCAAGCAGUACUUUGGAGGCAGCAUCAAGACGGAUCGCUCGACCGCACUCGAAGCUGUGCGCCCACUGAAGCCGACAAACGAAACACCCCCCACCGUCACCAAGCUCAGCUACGACACGCACACCAUCGACGCGAUUGCCAACUCGCCCGCUCUUCCGGGAAGCGAGACAUCAUCGACCGGCCGCGUGUCGCCUCCGCCAGCAGCAACGACACACUCGAGCUCCUUCUUUGGGAAAAAGUCGCGCACCGCCGGUCUCCGCGCGAUAUCAGAUGCCAUCACGGGCGGAGAGAGGGCGAAUGCGAGCGCGGUAGAUGUGGCGCCUUCGCCAAGCAAGGACUCGCCCAUGCAGUCACCGACAAGAACGGGAUCCAGCACCCCCUCGGGCACCUCGGUUUCGAAGAGCUUUGAGCUCGACAAGGCUGACAGACGGCACACCAGCGGCUCCACCGCCACCAAGGACGGCGCCAAGAAGAAGGCUAGCAAGCACGGCACCAGUGCUUAUCUCAAGGGCCGCCAGCAGAUUUCACCACAGGAGGCCAUGAAGAACUGCGAUUACAGCGGCUGGAUGAAGAAAAAGUCCUCCAGCCUGAUGACGACAUGGAAGACUCGUUUGUUCGUGCUGCGUGGUCGGCGAUUGUCGUACUACUACAGCGAAAACGACACGGAAGAAAAGGGCCUCAUCGACAUCUCGUCCCACCGUGUUCUGCCUGCAAACAACGAAAGAAUGACCGGUCUGCACGCGUCCAUCACGCGCGCCGCAUCUUCACCCUCGUCCCCUCAGAACGCCACGAUCCAGACAGCGGCAUCGGUAGACAGUGCCAACGCUGCCAACGGCAUCGAGGAAAACAUGGACGGCAUGUUCAUCUUCAAGCUCGUACCGCCACGCGCCGGCCUGCAGAAAGGCGUACAGUUCACCAAGCCCAUCGUGCACUACUUCGCCGUCGACAGCCUGGCCGUGGGCCGACUCUGGAUGGCAGCCUUGAUGAAGGCUACCAUUGACCGCGACGAAGGCCUCCCCUUUACCACCACAUACCAGCAGAAGACAAUCUCACUGGACAAGGCACGCGCUAUGCGUCAGCGUCCGCCGAACCUCAUGGACGAUGAAGACGCCGAGACCGCCUCUAGCCAGGCCGAGAGGAGGAGCGAGCUUGGCAAGGAGAGCUUGCAGGACAGCAUCAUCCACGAAGAGGACGAGAAGCAGGGUCUCGCCAUCUCUGGUCUCGACGGUGCGCACGCCCUGCUCCACUAUGCCGAGAAUGGCUCCCACCACACCGCCUCGGUGAACGAAGUGCAGCUGGAGCAUCCACAAGACAAGCCUCUUCCCCCGAUCGUCUCGUGA